AUGAGACACGCCCUCGUCGCUGCCGGCGUGGGCCGGGGCGGCGGGGCGGGGAAACCAGCCGCUGCAGGAUCGGAGCAAGGCGGAGAUCGACUCCAGCAACCACAGGGGUCGGUGCAGCCACAUCAGCAACAGCCAUCGCAUUUCUGCCAGCUCCACGGCCCCAACAGCACCCACGAGACCUCCGAAUGUCGCAAGCUACGCAACGAAUUCCUCGCCCACUACAACGAGUUCUGCGCGUACAUGAGCGGGAGGCGGGAGGCCCAGGGGUCGAUCUUCCCUCGAGGCGGAGCUCAAGGCUCGGGGCGGAUGGUGCGGGCUGGAGUCGGAGCCACUCUCCAGCGCUGCCGGGACCGCCGCGUGGGCCAGGAUCCGGAGCUGGAGGACAACUGCAGGGGCGCAACUCUGGGGGGCGUGGGUAUGGUGGAUACGGCCCUUGCCCCCCGGAAAGCCGAGGUCGUCAGGUGGGCGGCCGUGGUGGUAAUUGUCCGCCGUCCAACGUUCCUCCCGCGCAGAUUGCCAACGUACCGCGGCACUAUUUUCCGGCUCAUUUCGCCGUCGGAGGUGGAGAACCGUCGGGCGGCGACAUCACCUCGGGAUGUGAGGCCACGUCAGCGCCCGGAUCUACACACAGCUGGAUCCAACCACCUCCUGAGACAGGCUACGGGUACGGGCUCGCGGCUCACGGAGUGGACCAUGGCGGAGGUCCCUACGGCAGCGCCGCCGGCGGGGGAUACGGUUUCCACCAAUUGCCCGACGGCGGAGGGCUCUACCAGCAGCAAGAAGUGAGCAGUAUACCACGCUAUCCUUCUGCUCCCGGACCGGACGCCCAACAACCACGAGCCUACGAGGCCUUCGACACCUCGCAGCAGCAUCAGCAGCAGCAGCACUACGGUGCACCCCAGGCGACCACUUCUUCCUCCUCUCCCGCUCCAGCUCCAGGCGACGCUCUACCUCCAGCCUGCGAUUCCCCUCUUCGUCUUCUCAUGGCACGUGGCGUGUGCCCUCGAGGCAAGUCUGAGAUUGAUUUUGGGAAGGAUGUUGGUUUUUCGAUGUCUAACGUGUUCACAAGUGCGGAGUCUGAUGUGUCAAUGCCUGGUGUUCCCCGCGUGCCUGCUGUGCAUGAACGUUCUGAUGAUGAGCUCGGUGUCUCGAAGUUUGGUGUGUCUACUCAUGAUGUACCCCGCGUGCCCGUUGUAUUUGAGAGUCCUAAUGAAGUGGUUGGCGUUUCGGAGUGUGAU